UUGGUGCGGCUGACGGCGCCGUCCCUCAACGAGGCCGAGAACCUGCGCCACAUCAAGGCCGCCCUGAAUCGCCGGGGCGUGCGCGUGCCGCUGAUCGCCGACAUCCACUUCACCCCCAACGCGGCGCUCAAGGCGGCGGAGUACGUGGAGAAGGUGCGCAUCAACCCCGGCAACUACGCCGACAAGAAGAAGUUCGCCGAGCGCGAGUAUACCGACAGCGAAUACGAGGCCGAGCUCGAACGCAUCGAGCAGCGCUUCAGGCCGCUGGUGCUGAAGCUCAAGCAGUACGGCGUCGCCAUGCGCAUCGGCACCAACCACGGCUCGCUGUCCGACCGCAUCAUGAAUCGCUUCGGCGACACGCCGCAGGGCAUGGUCGAAUCGGCCCUGGAGCAUACCCGGCUGCUGGCGGCCCGGAUGGACGAGGAGGGCAUGGAUUACCCCUUCCACCUCGGCGUCACCGAGGCGGGCGACGGCGUGGAAGGCCGGGUGAAGUCGGCCAUCGGCAUUGGCGCGCUGUUGGAGGACGGCAUCGGCGACACCAUCCGCGUGUCGCUCACCGAGGACGCGGUCUGCGAGCUCCCGGCGGCCUACGCCAUCGCAGCGCCGUAUAAUCGCCGCCAAACGCGCGCCGAGUCCGACACCCCCCUCUCUCUGGGAGGGGGUAGGGGGAGGGAACUUUUCGACGAACGCCGCAAUCCAUACGGCUACGACCGGCGCUUCAGCCACGAGAUCGGCCUCGGCAGCCUUGCCAUGGGCGGCGGCCAGCCGGUGCGUGUCGAAUUGGCGACCACCGUCUCCGUGACCGACCUUGACGGCACCCUGGCCCAGAUCGACGCGCUGACCGUUCCGGCGCAACCCAACGAUCCGCGGUUGCGGCAAAACCCCGAAACGCCGUUGCUAUCGCUGUGCGUGCCGCUGGCCGACCUCGCCGACGUGCCGCCGCUUGCCGGGCUGGUCAAAAUCGUGACCGCGCCGCCGUGCGAGGACGACCCGGCCGUUUGGGACCAGCAUGUACGGCGAGCCCUCAUGGGGUCGCAACAGCACGGGACCGCCCUCGAAUGGCGCCUGAGCCCGGCGUCCGUUCCGCCGUUCAUCCGCGACCCGCACGGCUCCACCCUGGCCGGACUGGCCCACACCGCCGGCCGCCUUGCCGAGCUUGCCAGCCUGUUCCAGCCCUGCCCGGUUGUGUUCUCCCUCGACGUACCCGGAGCCGCUGCCGGCCUAUCGCUAUCUGGCCGCCCACCUCGACGCCCAUGGCCACGCCUGCCCCUUGCACCUGAAGACCACGCUGCACGGCCGCGACGGUCUGAUGUACCAAGCCGCAUCCAACUCGGCGCCCUGCUGUGCGACGGCUUUGGCGACAGCAUCCAGAUCGACAGCGCCGCCGCGCCGGCCGAGGCCGUGCGCCUCAGCUACACCAUCCUGCAGGCCGCCCGCCUGCGCAUGUCCAAGACCGAGUUCAUCUCCUGCCCGUCCUGUGGACGCACGCUGUUCAACCUGCAAACCACCACCGAGCGCAUCAAGUCGCGCAUGUCCCACCUCAAGGACGUCAAAAUCGCCAUCAUGGGCUGCAUCGUCAACGGCCCCGGCGAAAUGGCCGACGCCGACUUCGGCUACGUCGGCUCCGGCCCCGGCAAGAUCAGCCUCUACGUCGGCAAGGAAUGCGUCGAGCGCAACAUCCCCUCCGACCAAGCCGAAGAGCGGCUGCUCCAGCUCAUCAAGGACCACGGCAAGUGGGUGGAUGGCCGUCUGAAAUCACCCAAUGGAGGGCUGGAGGAGUAG